UAAGAAAUUGGAGAUGGAAGAAGCAGGAACCUGUCGAAGAUGAUAGAAGGGAAGCAUCCUUAGCCAUGGCAUCCCAAUUGUUGCCGCUUUCGUUUUCGUCUUCUUCUUCUUCUUGUCUUCCCAAGUUCGUACACCGUUCUUCGUUUCGCAAUGAAUCAUUCUCAAGGCCCAGCCUUGCCUUCCGCAAUCGCCAACGCCAAAGCCAACGCUCACCUAACGUUGUGGUUCCCCUUGUGGGCAAGGAAGACACUGAACUGCGCGUCUCGUCUGAGCAGGAUGAGGAUGCCGAUCCAACCGCUGAAGACCUUGAAUACAUUAACCAAGUUAAAACAGUGCUGGAGCUUCUGAGGACUAACAGGGACAUGCUCUUCGGUGAGGUUAAAUUAACAAUAAUGAUUGAGGACCCCAGGGAAGUUGAGAGAAGAAGAUUGCUUGGCAUUGAAGAUCCUGAUGCCCCAACAAGGGAUGAUCUUGUUGCUGUUUUGGAAGAAGUAAACGAAGGAAAAAUCCCAAAGAAUAAAGCUGCUCUCAAGAUGCUAGCUGAGGAAUUAAAUUCAUGGCCUAAUUUAGAGGCCGAAGCACUGAAGACAAAGCCCAGCAAAUCCCUCUAUGCAAGAGCCACUGACACCGGAAUCGAUCCUAAAGAGGCUGCAAAGAGACUGAAUGUUGAUUGGGAUUCAGCUGCUGAAAUUGAAGAUAGUACAGACGGUGAUGACACGGAAGUGCCCCCUGCUGUGGGUUAUGGAGCGCUGUAUUUGGUGACAGCUUUUCCUGUAAUUAUAGGAAUCUCUGUAGUUUUGAUUUUGUUUUUCAAUUCUCUCCAGUAGAAAUUCAUCAUUUAAUGUAUUAUGCUUACGCCAUUCCAACAAGGCUUCUCAAUUGAAAUCUUCAACGUGUCUUCCAAAUGCA